UAUGAUGUUGCUAAUGUACAUGCUCGUGUAUGUGCAGAUGCAAGAUUAUCUGGAGCGUUACAGAGAUAUCACCAUGUUAAUCAUCUUGCAGAUGAUCUACCGUUGCCGCCUGUGGAUCCUCUUACUCCUGUUUUACCUGAGGCCUUUUGUUCCGACUCACCCCCAGGUGUUUACCCGCCUUCCACCACCGCUCAGCAACCACCGUCAUCAGUAUCAGGAUCACCUGCUAGUGGGUCUUACACCCCACCGCCGCCUUCAUCAUCUUCCUCCUACCCCACUUAUCCCACGCCACCUUUUUCUUAUGCUACUCCCUACACACCACCCACUACCACCAACCCAGGCUCACCUGCCUCAUACCAACCCACCCCUGUUCUAAGCCCUCCUCCUUCUAACUAUGAACCUACUCCUGGCCUGAGCCCUCCUAACUACGAACCGAGCCCUGGUCUGAGCCCUCCUUCUAACAAUGAACCUAGCACUGGUCUGAGCCCUCCUUAUAACUACGAACCGAGCCCUGGUCUGAGCCCUCCUAACAAUGAACCUAGCCCUGGUCUGAGCCCUCCUUCUAACAAUGAACCUAGCCCUGGUCUGAGCCCUCCUUAUAACUAUGAACCGAGCCCUGGUCUGAGCCCUCCUUCUAACAAUGAACCUAGCCCUGGUCUAAGCCCUCCAUAUAACAAUGAACCAAGCCCGCCAACAUCCUCAUAUCCUUCACCUACAGGGUUCAUACCUACACCACCUCUAUUUGAGCCACCAGUUGUAUAUCCUCCACCAACCGGGCCACCACCGCCUCAUAGUGAGCCAGAGUCUGCACUUUGGUGUGUGGCUAAACCAUCUGUCCCAGACCCAAUCAUUCAAGAAGCCAUGAACUACGCAUGUGGUUCUGGGGCUGACUGUGAAGCACUGCAGCCAAAUGGGGAAUGUUUUCAGCCAGACACAUUAUUUGCGCAUGCUUCUUACGCAUUCAAUAGCUUCUGGCAAAGAACCAAAGUGGCUGGUGGCACCUGCGAAUUUGGUGGUUCUGCCAUGCUCGUCACCGCUGACCCAAGUUAUGAUGGGUGCCAUUUCAUCUACUUCUAAUUUGGACUUUCUUUUACAUGACAAGUUUUUGUAAGUAACUGUAAUAGAUAGAGGAGAUGUUCAUAUCUCAAAGUUAUGAUGAUUUGGGAUCUUUGACUACACAUAUACUCUGUUACAUCUUUCAAAUAAAUGCAAUUAAAGUUG